UGUGAUUACUCCUUUUGAGAGUUUGUUAAGUUCAGACUAAGUGAUUGCACUUAGAAGGAGCCUGCACCUGGAUCAACACUAAUCAACUGCCUGGGACGUCACAGUGAACUGGCCAUAAUCUUGGUCAGCUCAGUAGAUAGUUUCUGCUGAAGAUGCAAGUUUCAACUGCCACACCUGUGACCAGCACUACAGUACCUGUCAACACUACCACCACCACAAAGUCCAAAGAACAAAUACUCAUUCAGAGUUCUGGGGCUAUGAUCGCUAUCAUUGUCAUAGGUAUCAUCUUCAUUGUCGCUAUUGUACUGCUGAUCUUGAGGACAUACAACAGGCGGACACAUGCAUCCAGAGUCCUAGGUGUCAGUAGUAGCACCAGACCUCGUCACAAGCUGUCACAGUCUACAGGUCAGAGCAGCAUGCCGCUGAGCACCAUGGGAGUUCACUCUGUGACUAACAGCAUCGACAAUUCAAACCCAGCCUCAGAGAUCAGCUUCCAGGUACCGACAGUGGAGUCGAACGGGAUUGAAGGAAACCACAUAGAGCAGUUCAGCACCAUCAGUGAUUCCACUGUGGUCACUGUACAUGACACUCCAUCAAUAGGAAACACAUAGCACCAAGACUGUGGCUUAGUUUCUCAACAGGGAUCGACUGAUGUUUUGUCUGAUCUGUGACCACCUGCUGUGUGCUGACUGAAUUUUGUGGAAACUCAAACUGUGACGUCAGUGUUAAUCUCCACUAAAUGAGCCACAGCUGGUGAUUAUAUGGAUGACCAGAUGUCCUUUUGGCAUACAAAGUUAUAAGUUAUUCUGAACAAAAUAGCAUCAGAAACAGACACGGUGGAUCACAUGAAUGAUGUUGCAGGAUGAAAAACAGACUUUCUGGUGAAGAAUUAUUUUGUGGCUACAGUCAGUGUUCAGAAUAUAGCUGCCAUAAGUUUCGUACUGUUUGUACUGUUUUUGUUGACAUUCCAUCUCUAGAAAAU